GUGACUUGAUUUAAACCCGCGGGACACUGGAACCCCAACAGGCUAUCCGCCGCUCGAGCCCGUGACACGGUCCACGCCCAUACCCCGGAAGAGGCACAGAGAUAGCACUCGCUUCCACUCCCUACUCUCUCUCUCCCCUCCCACCGGCGAUGGCGUCCGUUCUCCUCGGCGCUACCUCCAUCGCUUUAUCGAAUCGAACUCCAUACCGCCUUCGCUCCACGGCGUUCCGGUCACCCCCGCUUUCUCUCACCAGGAGGAGACUGACGGUGAGGGCGGCAGAAACCGAUACUAACGAAGUGAAAGCCACGGCGCCGGAUAAGGCUCCAGCGAGCAGUGGAGGCUCGAGCUUCAAUCAGCUUCUCGGGAUAAAGGGAGCAUCGCAGGAGUCGAAUAAAUGGAAGAUCCGUGUUCAACUCACCAAACCUGUUACUUGGCCUCCGUUGGUAUGGGGAAUUGUAUGUGGAGCUGCUGCUUCUGGAAAUUUUCACUGGACUGUCGAAGAUGUAGCUAAAGCUAUUGUUUGCAUGCUGAUGUCUGGACCAUGCCUUACAGGCUACACACAGACACUUAAUGAUUGGUAUGACAGAGAAAUUGAUGCAAUCAAUGAGCCUUACCGUCCUAUUCCUUCAGGAGCAAUAUCUGAGAAUGAGGUUAUAACUCAGAUCUGGGUGCUGCUUUUAGGAGGCCUUGGACUGGCAGGUUUAUUGGAUGUGUGGGCAGGGCACAAGGUUCCUGUUAUCUUUUAUCUAGCUUUGGGUGGAUCCUUGCUUUCUUAUAUAUACUCAGCUCCACCAUUAAAGCUCAAGCAGAAUGGAUGGAUUGGAAAUUUUGCUUUAGGGGCAAGUUACAUCAGUUUGCCAUGGUGGGCAGGUCAAGCUCUGUUUGGAACCCUUACUUCUGACAUAAUUGUACUCACACUGUUGUACAGCAUAGCAGGGCUGGGGAUUGCCAUUGUUAAUGAUUUCAAGAGCAUUGAAGGAGACAAGGCUUUAGGACUGCAGUCACUUCCAGUUGCUUUUGGUAUGGAUACUGCCAAAUGGAUAUGUGUUGGUGCAAUUGAUGUUACUCAGUUAUCAAUCGCAGGUUACUUGCUUGGUGCCGGUAAGCCAUUAUAUGCACUAGCACUUCUUGGGUUGAUAAUCCCACAGGUGGUAUUUCAGUUUCAAUACUUUCUGAAGGAUCCAGUAAAGUACGAUGUCAAAUAUCAGGCAAGCGCACAACCCUUCCUAAUCCUGGGUCUCCUAGUAACUGCCCUGGCUACCAGCCACUGAUCCCCGUGGCAUUCACGAAGGAGUCGCAGCCGGUCUGCUGGAAAGCAUGUUCUGUGCAACAGCAGCUGUACAUUUUUCACUUGCAUCACAAAAAAAAUGCCAACCACCCUGGAAUCUUCCAGGCCUGACAUUGUGAACCAGAAACGACUCCCCUUUGCAUGCAUGAUGUACAGUGUGAUUCUGUAAUCCCGAUUGUUACACCGUCGCCAUUCAGAAGAACAAUCACAAUGUAGAAGUCGCAGCUUUCUUUUGCUUCUGUCGCUUAAAACUCGAACGUGCGUUGUUAAGCUGCUGCUUGUAUAUUUGAAGCGUCUUCAAAUGGUUUUCAGACUACCCACCUG